AUGCCCUUCGAGCGGUAUCUCCAGGCGCCGUCCUCGUCCUCCCAGCACCGUCGCUCCUAUGACAAUUAUCCCGUCGCCCAUCCCGACCCGUCUUUCGGCAUCGACGCCUCGACCUUCUCGUCCAAUGUCCAGUUCCAGGUCCCCCGCAUGAUGAACCCUGCUCCCACCCUCGCUCCCGGUGGUGGUGCAGAGGUUCUUCCCCCCGGGCUCCUUCCCUCCUCCGGCCCCAUCUCCUCCUGGUUCCCCGCCGCCGGUUAUCGUUCCCCGGACGACUCUUCCCCCUCCUGCUCUGCAUCCCCCGUAUAUCGUAGCCACCCAUCGCUGACUGCUCCAGCCUAUUCCCUCCCCCCAGAUCCACACUCCUACCGCCACCCCGACUUUACCGACUCUCCCGUGAACUCCCCUCCCGGUUCUAUUCCCUCCUCCUCCUCCGCCCCGUACGCCUUCCCUCUCCAGAAUCCUCCUCCCGCUGACAUCCUCAUCUCCCCCGAUUCCCACAUCCACCUCGAUGCCCAGCUCUUACUCCGUGCUCACCUCUCCAUUCCAUCCUCUUCUCUCCCCCUCUCCAUCCCCUCGGCCAUGGGCCUUCCCGUUUAUUCCGCUUCCGGCUUCGAUUUCCUCUCCAUCCUCAGCCGUGUAGCCAACCGUCCACACCCCAAGGUCCUUCUCGGUCCCGUAGACCUCACCUGCUCCUUUGUCGUCGUCGACGUCCGUCGCUACGACUCCCCCAUCGUGUACGCCUCCCCCACUUUUUUCAAACUCACCGGCUACGACGAACACGAGGUCUUGGGCAGGAACUGCCGCUUUCUCCAGUCUCCCGAUGGCCGCCUCCAGCGUGGCGAGCAGCGUCUUCAUACUGCCCCCGAGGCCGUCGGCCUCCUCAAACGCUGUCUCGUCGCCGACAAAGAGUGCCAAACCAGCAUCACCAACUACAAGAAGGGCGGGGCCGCCUUCAUCAACCUCGUCACCGUCAUUCCCAUCCCAGGCGGCGUCAAUAACGCUCCCGCAGAGGCAGACGACGUCGCCUACCACGUCGGCUUCCAAAUCGACCUCACGGAGCAGCCCAACGCCAUUCUCGAGAAGCUCCGCGACGGUAGCUACAUCGUCGACUACAGCCGCAAGCCGCAUGCCCCCCCCCUCCUCGGAAACCCUUCUGGGUCCCGCAACUGGCGAUCCAACUCGAUAUCCAUGAGCGGCGUGUCUACGGAACUGCGCACCCUCUUGGCAGACCCCGCCUUUCUCCAGUCGAUCUCGGUCACCACUUCCACCACCGCCUCCUGCCCACCUUCCGGCGAGAAGCUCGACGUAUACGACGGCAACAAGCCGCUGCAUAUGUUCCUCCUCGAGUGUGCCCCCGACUUUAUCCACGUCGUUUCCCUCAAGGGCGCCUUCCUCUACGUCGCUCCAGCCGUCCGCAGCGUCCUCGGCUAUGCCCCAGACGACCUCGUCGGUCGCGCCGUCUCCGAUUUCUGCCACCCUGCCGACGUCGUCCCCCUCAUGCGCGAGCUCAAGGAGUCUUCCAUUACUCCCGGUCCAGGAAGCAGCCACCUAAUCGCCGCACCGUCAGACGCAGGCCCCCGCAACGUCGACCUCCUUUUCCGCAUGCGCGCCCAGUCGGGCCACUUUGUCUGGGUCGAGUGCCGAGGUCGCCUCCACGUCGAGCCCGGCAAGGGUCGCAAAGCCAUCAUCCUUUCCGGCCGCCUCCGCAGCAUGCCCCGCCUUGACUGGGAUCCUGUCGACCGCGCCGGUGGCCUCGCCGCGUCCGCGCGCAGUCCCGGCGACGACUCGCGCAAGGAACGCGAGCACGAAUUUUGGGCGCUCCUCAGCACCAACGGCACCUGCCUCUUUGUCGGCGCUGCCGUGCAUGACGUGCUCGGCUGGGGCGCGGGCGAAGUCAUCGGCAGGGCUCUCGGCGAUUUUAUCGGCGGUGCUACUACGGCGGAUGCGCGCCGGGCGUUGGAGGACGAGCUCGCGCGCGCGCUCUCUCCGGCUCUCCCCCGUCCCGAGGUGCACCACCGCGGCGUGUCGUGCGAGAUGAUGCGCAAGGAUGGCGUGCAGGUCGUCGUGCACAUCACUCUUUUCCGCUCGCAGGACAACAGCGAUGUGCUCGCGCCCGACGACGCGUGGCAGGGCGCGGUGGCCGUUCCACACGCCCCGCCGUGCCCCGUGGUCUGCCAGGUGAAGCUGUUCGACGCGCCGUCCGAUGGACCGCCGGCGGCGGCGGCGGGGGGUAUCUUGCACCCACUGACGGACAGCGUGUUCGACGAGCUGCACAUCGCGCGCGGGAGCAGCUGGCAGUACGAGCUGCAGCAGCUCAAGUUUGCGAACCAGCGCAUAAAAGAGGAAGUCGCCGCGCUGGAGGCCAGCCUCUGCUCUAAAACACGCCAACGUCCCUUUUCGCAGAGUACCUCGCGGGCAAACCCUGCCCACGAGCAGCAACAGCAGCAGUCGCAGCAGCAACAACAGCGAGAGCAAUACGCGCAUCAUCCGGAGCUACUGCCCGAUAAUACCAACAAUUGGAGCACGCCAUAUGUGCAGUACCCAGUAAACCUCGCCCCGUUGCAGCCGUCGCAAACGUUGAAGCGGUCAUGGCACGCGAUAGACGGGGCACCCACCUGA